AUGAGUCCCAGAAACAUUAUCAAUAGCUUGAGGUUAAGCAUUCCCUCCACUACGACGACGACAACAACAACUCGCAGCGACGACACGGUCAAAAAUCCUGUCGACAUGGAGAAAGUUCCCCCUUCAAAUGGACCUCCCCCCGGACUUCCCGGGCCUCCUGGACCACCAGGUGGUUGGCUGUGUACGCGCAUGUCGAGACAACAAGAGAUCCUCUUCAACUUAAUGGUGGCAUUCCUUCAACUGAUUCCUCAAUCCACCUUGACGACAGUUUUCCCAGUCAGCCGAGACCUCGCUCAGUCAUUUACCAUAACGAACCCUUCGGUACUGCCAUGGCUUGUCGCUGCGUACGCACUGUCCUUCGGAACUUUCAUUCUGAUAGGAGGGCGACUUGGUGACAUAUUUGGCCAUAAGACCAUGGUAGUGAUUGGCUAUUGCUUCCUCAGUCUCUGGAGUGUCGUCGCCGGGUUAAGUCACUAUGUUGGUUAUGAAUUGUUCUUCGUGGCGCGCGGUUUCCAGGGUCUCGGUGCCAGCCUGAUGGUGCCAAAUGGCCUCGCACUCCUGGGCCGGACCUAUCCUCCUGGGUCCAAAAAGAAGAUCAUCUCCUUCACUCUCUUCGGACUAUGUGCACCGGUCGGGGCCUACCUGGGGAUGAUCUUUGGAGCUCUGUUCACCAGGUUCGCAACCUGGUGGUGGAGCUUCUACACCCUCGCCAUCGUAUCGUCUUUUCUCGCCGUGGCCGCAUCCGUCAUCCUGGUCGCUCCGCCACCGACGCCAAAGCAGAUGCUCCCAGUCAAGGAGAAAUUGCGGGAUAUGGACUGGCUUGGGGCUGUCACGGGUGUGGGUGGCCUGGUCUGCGUCCAAGUCUCUCUCGUCUCUGCCCCUGCCUCAGGGUGGAGUACUCAGUACAUCUUCAUGUUGUUGAUCAUCGGCAUCAUGCUCAUUGCCUUUUUUGUCAUCACGGAACUCAAGAUCGCCGAACAACCACUGGUACCUUUCAAAGUGCUCAAGGCGGAUGUCGGGUUUGUCCUGGGCGCUGUGGCUUGUGGAUGGGCCACGUUCGGAAUCUGGACGUGGUUUCUAUGGAGAUAUCUCCUUGGGAUCAAGCAUGUUCAACCUCUUGAGGCAGCACUGCAAGUUCUGCCCAUCGUACCUGUCGCUCUGAUCGCUUCAGUGUUGACCGCAUGGAUGAUGCGGAAAUGUCGCCCUUCCUGGACUCUAUUCUGGGCUUUGGUGGCUUUCACCUUCGGACCACUCCUUCUGGCCGUCGACUCCGACAUCGACAAGACGAUAUACUGGAGCUGGACAUUUGCCAGCCUCGUGGUCAUGCCUUUUGGCAUGGACAUGUCCUUCCCCGCUGCAACAUUGAUCAUGUCCAAUUUCUUCCCUCCUCAACAACAAGGUGUCGCGGCCAGCCUCAUCAGUACGGUGGUCAACUACUCCAUUUCUCUCGGUCUUGGUCUUGCCUCUACCGUCGAAGUUCACGUGAAUAAUAAUGGACUUGAUCCGCUUGCCGGGAUUCGUGGAGGUUGGCUCAUGGGCGUUGGUCUCGGUGGCUUGGGCAUCAUCAUCUCGGUCGUCUUCGUCGUCAGAUCUGUUCUUCAUCCGCCUCCACAGGGACCAAUGGGACCACCAGCGCCGUCUACCUCGGAUGCGGCCCUGCAAUUGACCGCUCCGAGACCUGACAAUGAGCGGAAGGCGUCGCAAGCUGCCACCAUCUCAAGUCUAGCGACCACAAUGGUUCCUGACAGCGCCACACAUCUGAGCCUCAAACUGAACGAGAUCGAGCCGUUCAACUUCGAGAACAUGCCAGGGUCGACAUCCACGUCCGCGCUUACCUCCCCGCAGUCCCCAUCGUUCAGCACAUCGCCCAACCUCAUCUCCAGCUUUCCGCUUCCUGCAUCACCCAAGCCUAAGGUCAACAUGCUCCGCCGGAUAUCAAGGGACGCCAGCAAGUUGAAACAUUCCGGCAAGGACAAUGCUGCGAAUUUGCAUUCACGUACGAACUCGCAAACCCUCCUUGCCGCGAGCACCGCGCAAUCUCCUAUAUCUGCAUUCCCGAUGCCGGCGGAACUAGAUCCGGUUUAUCGCGUUCGCGGCAGCUUCGAAAGUGAGUCCAGUGGUGAGCCGCGAGCACAGCGCUGGGAGCCCUCUGGCCGCCAAGAUGGCAGUGCCAGAAGGCCGAGUCAGCCAUCGGAACACGGAUUUCCCUAUACCUCCACCACUGGGCUCGGCCUGCGAGAUCCCGAUGGGUUCGAGUACGACGCCAGACCUGUGAUGCCCAAGGGAAUGGUGGGCGAGAGAUUCUAA